AUGUCCGGGUUUUGGGCUGUGAAUGAUGAAAUUAUCGCGGAACUUGUGAACCAAUGCCGAUCAUACCAGAAAAAGAUCAUGAGUUUGGUUAGUUCAGUGAGUGAUGAGGACCUCUUGAGCCAAAGUCUCGACUUGAACGACAGAUUGCAAAUUCUGCUUUCCAAACACGAUGCAAUUGCAUCAGGUUCCCCUCUACCGGGUGAAGAAACGGAUGUGUUGAGUGAAUUACCCAGAGGGACCACUACAACCCCUGCAGUAACAGUUGUUCCCGAAACUGCCAUUGUACCAGCUUUUGUCUUGGAUGAUGAAGAGGAAGAGGAGGAAGAUGAUGAGUUCUCUCAGUUAGCUCGCAGGAAUUCGAGAUUCAGGUCAGCAAAUGACAAGAGCGCCUCUUCAGGCGUAGGCGCAUCAUCGUCGUCCACGCAGGAUGGAACGGCAAGCUCAGCAGCUUCUGUGACCACUACAGCAUCACCAUCUACUUCAAGCAGUGCAUUAGCAUUGCCUGAUCAUCUAGCUCCUAUAAAGACUUCUCCAGAAGACAAGAUUAUGAGCGACCUUCUUGCGCUCACCAUAGUGUCAGGCCCAUCACCUGAACCUGCCUUGCAUCCUGGUGGUUCCCCAACCAGUUAUCAUCCACAGCCUCAUUAUGUAGGCCCAGAACACACAGCUGCAGCGCACAAUAGCUACGUCGCUCCUUGGGCUCAGCAUCAACCUCAAACUGCACCCAUCAAGCAGCAGCAGCAGGAGCAGGCACCACCACCUCAACCACAAUUUCCUUACAACCCAUCUCCUUACCCGCCGCCACCAUGGGCCCCUCAGGACAACACCGAGUCAAACCCUUUCGUGGCAUCUUCAUCGCAGCAACUUUCAACCUCCAGCUCGCCUCUUAAAGUACCGUUGAACAUGAGGCCUCUACAGCAAUCACAAUCUUUCGGCGUACCGCUUCGAAGUGCUGCGUCAGAUUCACCGACAAACAAGAGCCUGAAGCAACCCAUGUCUGCAGGGUCUCGCCGGCCGUCUUAUGUUCCUUCUAACAAGUUCUUUGAUGAUCUGCUCGAGAGAAAUGCGGAUGGCACUCUGAAAACGGGCAGCACGGUAAUUGGAGGCACGUCCAGUCCAUACAAACCGUAG